AUGAGGACCUCACUUCUCGCCGCCGCUCUCGCCGCCGCCGUCGCGCUCGGCUGCUGCGGCGUCGCGGCCGCCGACGCCGUCACCGACUCGUGCAACGCGAUCCGCGACUUCGUCGACGUGUCCUUCUGCGCGGCGCGGCUGGGGUCCGUCCCGGGGGCCGCCGUCGCGGACCGGCACGGCCACCUCCUCAUGGCCGCUGACCUGGCCGCGGCGAGCGGCGCCUCGGCCGGGGACGCCGCCGCCGCCGCGGCGGAGGCGCGCGGCGAUCGCGACCCGGCCGCGCGGGACGCGCUGCGGGCGUGCGUGUUCCUGUACGGCGCGGCGUCGGUGCCGGCGCUGCGGCUCAUGCGCGGGUACGCGGCGGCGCGGGCCUGGGGCGCCGCGCGCGCGCUGCUGCUGCUCACGGGGAAGGCCGGGAUCGGGUGCGACGCCGCGCUCGCGGGCUCCGCCGCGGGCGGGAUGGCGGCGGCCAACCGCGAGUUCGACCAGCUCUCCGCCAUGGCCACCGCGCUGCUCAACGUCGUCGACUAGGUCGCCGGCCGGCCGGCGGGGCCGGGCGCCCUACCGUUACGUGCACGUGCCGUGGCGAACAAGUGGCAUUACUUGUUCCUUGUUGCAUGGCCACAUGUGUCGGAUUUUUUCAGUAAUGGAUCGAUAGUGCGACCGAUUGUUAUUCCUUG